AUGGUUAUGGAUAAUGAUCAAUUAUUUAAACAUAUAUUAUUUCAAAAUAGGUAUUUGUUUAGUUUGAUUAUAGAAUAUAUUGGGUAUAUUAAUAGAUUAGAGAAUGCUCAAAAGAUUGAAAGAGAUGUGAUACGUGGUGCACAAACAAAGGGUCUCUUGCUACGACACAUUGGAUCGGAUAGAAAGAUCAAUUUGUUCUAUACAAUGUUGAGUGCAGACAAUCAUUAUACAAAAGAGUGUCGUGUUAACAAGUCAGUACUCACUCACCAAUAUGUGAACCGACAAAGUUAUUAUGCCAAUUUGCCACUUGUACAUAAACUAAAACACCCGUCGUUGGCCACACGUACCUAUCAAACGGUUCAAUGUGUCAAAUGGCUGCUCAAGAAUCGUUAUGGUAACCUAUUAGCAGACAAACUUGCCAAAGGGUUGGUAUUGGACUUUGGAGAGGUGAUGUGGACCAAAUAUGCAACACAAGAACGUUUGAAAGACUUUUCAGAGGACACAAUCAAACUGCUAAUCAAGAGAGCCAUUACAUUUUACAAUGAUAAUAAAAUGCCGUCUCUAGGUGAUACCAUGGCAGUGACAAUCAUCACUUUUGGGAACAAAAGGUUGAUUGAAGAGUUGUUAAAGAUAUAUUGGAAUAAAGAGUUUAAUGGAAAGUAUGAUGCAAUGGCUUCACUUGGUGAUGUUGCAUUGUUCAAACGUGAAACUCCAACAACAACAACAACAACAACAACUGGGUUAGAGAAUAUUAAUAUAACAUCGGCAAUGGUGGUAGCACUCAAGAAUGGUCAUACCGACCUGUUUAGAUAUAUCUAUGAAACCUAUCAUCAAGAGUAUUUAAAGGAAAACAACAAAAUGUCAACCUAUGCAAAAGAGUCGGGAUACUUGAUUGUCGCGGUUCUCUUUUGCAAGGAUCUAGAGUUAAUGAAAAAGGUGUUGCAAGAGGCCAAGACAACCAUACCCAACUACACUAUUUUUCCUCAACCCAGUUGGAGUAAUUAUAUUGGUGGUGUAUUAAAUAGUAUCUUGGAAGAUCCAAUCAAACAAAAUAGAUACAGUAUUCGUCACAUAUUCCCAAGUCACCAAAACCAAUUAGAAACCAUUCGAAUCGUUUCAGAGAUUUAUCUCAACGAUGAGGAAGAGGAGGAACUACAACAACUACAACAACAAAAACAAGUAUUUGUAUCACAAGAGUCAGUUGAAACAGAUUUAAUCAAUAAUUACCUUGUUUUAAAAAAAGAUUGGAGUGGAGAAUAUAAAGGUACGACCUAUACAAUUACAGAUCUAUCUUUGUAUUGUACAUUGAUACAUGCUUGUAAAGGACAUUUACAUAUUGAACGUAUUAUCAAGGCUGUAGGUAGAAUACUUUCACUAUCGGAUGACCAAGGAUUGUGUAGAUAUUUCUCUACUUUUCUAUCUCCUAAAAAGCUUAUCGAAGCUGCUAGUCAAUCUAGAUUCCCAUCACAUAUCAUCUAUGCCAAACAACAAAUACCAUCCAGUCACAAGUACUACAAGUUGGUACCACGAUCCAUCGAGACAUACAACACCAUUAAAUCAAUCGGGUUGUUGUAUGGACCAAACUCAACAUUUAUAUUAAAACGUGCCAUCAAAGCAAAUGAUUUGGAGCUUGUCCGAUUGGUUGCCAAGGAUCACGGUGUAUACGUUGAAAGUCAAGAUAUCAUUGUUCUUGCCUUGGAGACUGGUAAUCCAGAGACAGUGGUCUGCGUUUUAGAAUCCAUCUAUUCGCGUAGAAACAACCCUAUCAAACUCUUACCAAACCCAAGUGCAAGGAUUUUCCAUAACCCAUCGGUCUGUCACUUUAUAGUGUCACAUUUCAAUCUUCUUGAACGUUAUGUUGCAUGGCCUCGCGUAGAGCUAAUAUUAGAAUAUGCAAUGUAUUUCUCAAAGAUGGAUGUUGCUCGCUAUUACAUUAACGAGAGUAAGAGUAGUACAAGCUCGACAGUGUCAAGUGGUAAAUCAACAAGAUAUGUCUCCAACUAUUACUAUCAAUUGCAGUAUGGUUUCAAUGUAUUCUCGACCAAAAUUAAAAGAGAACUACCAGAAACCAUCCACCAGCUUUUCGAGCGACAACAAGAAAUAAUUCAACUUGCUUGUAGAUUUAUUGAACCGGGUAGGUUAAUCCUUUCCAUAAACAAUAUCCCUGUGGCCACUGCCCUUGGGUCGAUUGGAGAUACCAGUCUAGUGGACACUGUCAAGAGCAAUGUGGCGGUAGGUGAAUCCCUUUCACCAGGCUUUUAUCAAGAACUAGUUAAAAUGGCAUUCCAGUGGGGUCAUUUAACAUUGAUCAAACAUAUGGACUAUAAAUACCAUCUAUCGAAAAUCUACAGCAUGGAAAAUGUUAAAUUGGCAAUUGAUAACAAUUACAAACAUAUAAUCGACUUUUAUCUAAAGGAAAGAAAUGGUUAUAAAAAACAAGUCCUUCAAUUAAUCGAUACUAUAUCACCAAAAAAUAUAAAUUAA